AUGGAGAAAACCCUAGCCACUUCCCAUACAAAACGCUCUUUGCCGUCUCCAUCCACCACCGUGAGCACAAGCACCAUCGGUUUCAGUCGCAGAACCAGAGCGAGAUUGUCGGAUGAAACGGCGAGUGUAAUCGAGACCGUGGUAGAAGAUGAUGACGAUGAAGAAGAAGAAGAAGGAGUCGAUGAAAAGAUUGAGGCGCUUCAGACAAUAGUUCCCGGAGGAACGGCGCUUGGAGUCGACGCGCUGUUCGAAGAGACGGCUAGUUACAUCUUGGCUCUCCAAUGUCAGAUCAAUGCCAUUAAAGUUCUUACCUCAUUUCUUGAGCGUAGUGAGAAAGACGAUAUGAAGUUUGGGGGUUGA